AUGGGCAAAAUCCCUGUGGACAGCAGAGACAACUGGUCUUGCUUUCUGGACGGUGUCUGCAGUCCGGCUGACCCCGCGGGCCCCGAGCCCCGCCCCGCCCGACCCGGGGCGCCAGGCCCGGGCUGCCAUGUCCUGCCCGGCUGCGCCCACCCCGUGGGGUCCCCCAGCCUGCACCGCGCCCCGGUGCUGUGGGGACGUGGGCUGCCAGUGCCACGCAGGCAGCUGAGCCUACAGCGGAUCACGCUGCACCACGCGCUGCUUUCUGCUAGCAAAGGCUGGAACAUGGCUGGACCUCGCCGUCAUGUUACCUGGGAUCAGCAGCUAGCUGAUGGUACUGUCGCUCCCUCUGCGGGGACGGGGCUCCCCAGGGACUGCCUGCGGGUAGCAGUUGUGUCCCGCUGCAGCUCCCGGCAGGGGAGGGGGACCCCAGCAGCUCCCUUCCCCGCUGGAGUGGAGCGGCUGUGUAGGCACCGCUGCCUCGACUGCGGGAGCAAAGGCUUGGAUGAGCUCUUCGAGGUGCUUCAGAGUGGGGUCCAAGGCCAAUACUGUGGAUGUUGUGGUAGCACUGGCCCGCAGCAGUACUGUGCUUGGGGCUGUGUCUGCCUGGCAGUGCACCGCUGUGGUGAAGCUAAAGCCAAAUCAAAAUCCAGCAAUAUUCAGCUGAUUGCUGCAGAGGCCUUGUGUUAUGGUAAAGGUUUGAUCUUACUAUUCUAUCUGGUAUUUUAUGGGUUCCUAGCAGCACUAUUCACAUUCACAAUGUGGGUUAUGCUUCAGACACUGAGCAGUGACAUACCGAAAUACCGUGACCGGAUUUCUAGUCCAGGACUUAUUAUUUCACCAAAGCCAGACACUGCAUUGGAAUUUUACUUUAACAAGAGCGAUGCCCAGUCAUAUGCAGAAUAUAUUUCUACGCUUAGAAAAUUUCUUGAAUCAUAUGAUGAUUCAAAGCAAUCCCAGAACAUAAACUGUACACCAGGAAGGAUUUUUGAUCAAAAUGAUGUUGCUGUCAAAAAGGCUUGUCGAUUUAACCUCUCUGAGCUUGGACAAUGCUCUGGGAAGGAAGAUAAGACUUUUGGCUAUUCUAAAGGAACUCCCUGCGUGCUUGUGAAAAUGAACAGAAUAAUUGGAUUAAAGCCUGAAGGAGAACCCCAUAUACACUGUGCAUCUAAGGAAGAAGGCAUGGUUGAGAUAAGUUAUUUUCCUCCUGAAGGCUUGAUUGACUUGAUGUACUUCCCAUACUAUGGGAAAAGCUUGCAUGCUCACUAUUUACAGCCUCUAGUGGCUGUUCAACUAGCAAUUAACUCCAACAGUACCAAAGAAGAAAUAACAAUUGAGUGUAAGAUCCUGGGCUCACCUAAUUUAAAAAAUGAAGAUGAUCGUGACAAGUUUCUGGGACGAAUUGCCUUCAAAGUUCAGAUGACUGAAUAGCAGGAGUAGAAAAUUCUCUACAAAGUAAACAUUGUGUUGUCUGUUUUGUCAGCUGGACAUGCCAUUCUAGGGUAUGAGACCAUCUUGGAGAAUGUUAAGGUGGUUUAUGGUGUUCAGGAUAGCAUAAUAAUAUGCUUCCAGAUCGUAUGUUUAAAAUCCCUCAAAGUAAAUGCCUAUCCUGCUUCUGCCUGCCCCGUUGGAACAGUGUACAGACUAUAGUUGUGUCAUAGGGACCUGUAAAUAGCUGUUUUCAAACACAUAAUAAUGGUGACCUUUGUCCUGUUCUAAAAUGUGGUUUUAUCCCCAAGUGAGUGUCUCAAGCUUAAUGUGCUGUGCUAUGUAAAUAUUGUAUUGAUUUAACACUGGUUUAACUGUCAUAUCUCAAUGCUGACACAGUUGUAGGGAUAAAUAAUAAAUGGUACCUGAUUGACAUAGUGAUUUUUUUUGUAAGAGUAAACACCUCCAAUGUAAAUUGUGUGUAUGGGAGUGGGUGGGUGGGUGGAUGGCUGUGUGGAGAUGCCUUAAGUUGUAGACUGGGUGGCGUGGGAGAAUUGAAAUGGAUUUUAAGAGUUGGUAUGGAUUUCUGAAAAAUCAGUGCUCAACUAGUACUUUCUUGUGCUUGUCACUGUGCAAGUAUUGUGUACAUGUAAUACUUGGUAUAGAGUUUGGUAUUCUAGCUGAGGAAUCGAAUCUUUCUUCGUGUUGUUAAUUGCUUGCGAUAUGUGGAGCACAAAUAAAAUCUAUACAAUAUUUUAAAACUUUUUAGUUCAGAAAUAUCAAUAUACAACAGUUUAAAUUCUUUAGGGUCCUGGUAACACUUGUACAACAGAGCUGCUUGAAAGAAAUGGCCUCACUGUUGUGGAAAUAAUAGGCUUUCGUUUUCCAAUUAAAAAAUUUCCUGAAGAACCUCUGUUUAA